ACCUUGCUCCCCCGCCCCAUUUCUGACGGGGACCAGCCCUUUAGGCCUUUGAACCAGCCUCUUUUUUCCCCUCCUGUACCUGGGACACCAGAGUCCAGUACAACAUGGAUCCGCUCAUCAGCUGAGUUGGGGAGGUUUCAUCCCACCUGAAAUCAUGGAGGGUGACAACCACCCGAAUGCCUUGCCUUCCCGGUCACCAUCCACGAGGUCCACCGUCCACCAUCCACCAUCUGUCGCAUCAUCCCCUCUAAGGUCAUCACCCUCCAGGUCACCAUCUGUCGCAUCAUCCCCCCUAAGGUCAUCACCCACCAGGUCACCAUCCAUCGCAUCAUGCCCCUUAAGGUCAUCACCCUCCAGGGUACCAUCCAUCGCAUCAUCCCCAGUGAGGUCAUCCCCUGCCAGAGCAUCCUCAGUCAGAUUGGUUAGAUCAUCCCCAGUGAGAUCUGCUGUCAGAUCAACUCCCACAAGGUCAUCUCCAGCCGUACGGGCAGCCCCAGAAAGCAGAAGUGUGUCCAUGCCCAAGCUCACCUGGCAGGGGAGCCAGAAAAGACUUACCUUCGUUGGCUGUGUCCUGCUGCUCAUUGCCCUGGUCGUCGCACUCAUCCUGUUGUUUUAUUUCUGGAAGGGCCACACAGCAAUCAAGUACAAGGAGCCCGUGGAGAGCUGCCACAGGAAUGCCGUGCGCUGUGAUGGAGUUGUGGACUGCAAGUUUAAAAGUGAUGAGCUGGGCUGUGUGAGAUUUGACUGGGACAAGUCUCUGCUUAGACUCUAUUCUGGAGUCCAUCGCCAGUGGUUGCCUGUCUGCAGUGAUGGCUGGAACAACUCCUAUUCUGAAAAGAUCUGCCAACAACUUGGUUUUCAGAGCAGUGCUCACCACACAGGUGAAGUUGUUCACCAAGGGUUCACCAGUAGUUACUCUGUGUCUGAAUACAACAACACCAUCCAGGAAAGCAUCAACAGGUCUGACUGCCCUUCCCAUCAGUUCGUCUCUCUUCAGUGCACCCGCUGUGGUAUGAGGGUCAUGACUGGGCGGAUUGUGGGUGGGGCCCUGGCCCCUGAGAACAAGUGGCCCUGGCAAGUUAGUCUCCAGUUCGGCACAACCCACAUCUGUGGGGGCACCCUCAUUGAUGCCCAGUGGGUGCUCACAGCUGCCCAUUGCUUCUUUGUGACCCGAGAGAAGAUCCUGGAGGGCUGGAAAGUGUAUGCUGGGACUACUAACCUGCUGCACUUGCCUGAAGCAGCCUCAGUCGCCCAGAUCAUCAUCAAUUCCAACUACUCUGAUGAGCAGGAUGAUUAUGACAUCGCUCUCAUGAAGCUUGACAAACCCCUGACCCUUUCUGCUCACGUCCAUCCUGCCUGCCUCCCCAUGCAUGGACAGACCUUCAGUCUCAAUGAGACCUGCUGGAUCACAGGCUUUGGCAAGACAAAGGAGACGGAUGAGAAGACUUCCCCCUACCUACGGGAAGUUCAAGUCAAUCUCAUCGACUUUAAGCAGUGCAAUAACUAUUUGGUCUAUGACAAUUACCUGACUCCUCGAAUGAUGUGUGCUGGGGACCUCCGAGGAGGGAGAGACUCUUGCCAGGGGGACAGUGGAGGGCCACUGGUGUGUGAGAGGAACAACCGAUGGUACCUCACUGGGGUGACCAGCUGGGGCACAGGCUGUGGCCAGAGGAACAAACCUGGCGUAUACACCAAAGUGACAGAAGUACUUCAUUGGAUUUACAGCAAAAUGGAGGGUGAGGUGCGGGGCCAGAAGUUCUAAAUAAAUGGCAUGACAAGCCAGACCAUCUCACAGCAUUGACUAUGAAGGCUCUACCUGUGACUGAAGCUACAGGAUUUCUCCAGUAUGACCUGGAGAUGUGGGCCCAAAAGAUGCUUUUCAGUAAUUUUAUUAUUUCAUUCAAUGGGGACAUGGAUGUGUGUGUGCAUGUUAACGUGUGUAUGCUUAUGUGUGUACAUGUCCCUGUUUUCCCAAGCCUGGGCAGCAUUGUUGUAAAAUGGAAAAGGACCUAAUUUUCUAACCAAAUUGGAAAAUA